AUGACAGCCACAGUGCAAAAUAUUACCUCAUUUAAUCUUCAUAGAAGUUCCAAGAGGUAGGUGGUAACUUGUCCUCAUUUUAUAGAGAGGAAAACUGAGACCUAGAGAAGCUGUAUAACUAAAAACAGAACUGCUGUAACAGCCGGCAAUCCUACUUACCUAAAGAUUGAAUAUCAGUAUGCCAAAUUUUUAAGAUUUAUUUAUUUCAAAGGCAGAGACAGAGAGGUCAUCCAUCUGCUGGAUCACUCCCCAGUUGGCUGCAACAGCUGGAGCUUCACCCAUCUGAAGCCAGGAGGCUGGAGCAUCUUCUGGGUUUCCCACGUUCAAGAUGAAGUCUACUGAGGAAGGAAAGUGUGGUCUUCAGAGUUCUGUAUGCCAGUGCAGAAGUGGCCCUGCGAAGGCCUCCAUGACAUCUGCAGACACUAUGCAGCACCUGUGCUUGGAUGUGGACAUUGCUAAGAGGAAAGGCUAAUGGCUGAUGGGCCAUAAGGCAGAGAUGUUACUAGGUAGUUGAUCAGUCUUGUAGUUUGCCUUGAUUCCUAAAUAGAAGCUGGAUUUAUCUGAAACCAGAGAAGUGAAAUUUCAAGACAUCAAAACCAGAUAUGCAUCUUACUUUACCAAGCUGGACUUCUUCAGUGCCCGGAUGUAUAAUAGGUGAUGACUGCACUUCGCUUUCAUGCAUGAAGGUAGAUGAUACUUCAAAUUAAAGAUUGAAGCUGACUUCUCACAAGAAAUGGAUUUAUAGAAUGACCUUGGAAACAUAUAAGAAGUGACUGAAAAAAGUGUAAAAUAUUUUCUUCUACCGUUCCUGAAUCUUUUGCUGGAUUGUAAGCUCCAUGAAGGCACAUGAAGGCACUUUUUCUGAUGUCUAGCCCAGAGUAGAUACUCAAAAUAUUUGAGCAUCUGAAGAAAUCACUAUCCUAUUAUGUCCUUGUGCGAAGAUAUGCUGCUUUGUAAUUACCGAAAGUGUCGCAUCAAACUCUCUGGUUACGCGUGGGUCACUGCCUGCUCUCAUAUCUUCUGUGACCAGCAUGGCAGCGGUGAAUUCAGCCGUUCACCAGCGAUCUGCCCUGCCUGUAACAGUACCCUCUCUGGAAAGCUAGAUAUUGUCCGCACAGAGCUCAGUCCAUCAGAGGAGUAUAAAGCUAUGGUGUUGGCAGGACUGCGACCAGAGAUUGUGUUGGACAUUAGUUCCCGAGCACUGGCCUUCUGGACAUAUCAGGUACAUCAGGAGCGCCUCUAUCAAGAAUACAAUUUCAGCAAGGCCGAGGGCCAUCUGAAACAGAUGGAGAAGAUUUACACCCAGCAAAUACAGAGCAAGGAUGUAGAAUUGACCUCUAUGAAAGGGGAGGUCACCUCCAUGAAGAAAGUGCUAGAAGAAUACAAGAAAAAGUUCAGUGAUAUCUCAGAGAAACUUAUGGAGCGCAAUCGCCAGUAUCAGAAGCUCCAAGGCCUCUAUGAUAGCCUCAGGCUACGAAACAUCACCAUUGCUAAUCAAGAAGGCACCCUUGAGCCAUCUUUAAUUACACAAUCUGGUAUUUUUGGCUUCCCAUUAGGAAACAGCUCCAAAUUUCCUACGAACAAUACACCACUUCGAAAUCAGGGUGGUGGAGAUGGAGAUUUUCAGUUUAGACCAUUCUUUGUGGGUUCUCCCACAGCACCUGAACCCAGCAACACCUUUUUCAAUUUUGCCUCUCCAAGCCAUGAGUUAGAGCAACAGCAAAUCUCUAGCAGGGCCUUCAAAGUAAAAAGGAUUUAGAUCUCUUCACUUUCAGUGAUUUUGUUAUGCAAAUUAUCUUUAUUCUAGACAAGGAGUCACUGAUCUUCCUGUGCUAUUAAUUAAGUCUUUGAAGUUGUCUUUCCAUUUUCAGUUUAUAAGAAACUCAGUAACUGUGGGAAGUGGCUUUAGAGUGGCUUUGUUUCUACUAUUUGAAGUUUGAGCAUUUUAUUAAUCUCAGUUUCUAUGUGAACUGUUGAAUUUUCAUUGUUAGUGAAAAGACGUGACAUUAUUGUGUUUUGUAGACAACUGUUACAGUACUGUGUGUUUUUGAAUAUAAGCACUUUCGUUAUGUCUGUGUCACUCUGGAUUCUGGUAUUUGUGCAUUUACAACUGUGAAUAUGUAUAGUGUUCAUUUACACUAAUUUCCUGAAUUUACCAAUAUAUUUAUGUAAAAAUUUUGGUCUCAGAAAAUAGUGGGUUAUCUGCAGCUUGUUAUUUAUAUAUUUCACCUCAUAUUAACUUGUUUGUAUUCAUGUCAAUGAAUGAGUGCAAUUUGAUGCAUUUAUGUUCAGUCCCUAUUUGCAUUUAAAAAUAACUCCCAUUGAUAA